UUUUUUUUCUUGUAGCUCCUUCAAUGAACAUUUGGUGAAGAUGAACUAGUUUCUUAUUUAAUUCAUAAAUUAUUCAUAUUGUUUUUACCAAGUCGACAGUUUAUCUUUUUAUGUAGAAAUAUGUGGACUUUUUUGGGACUAGCUAGCUUCACAUAUUUAUACAAAAAGUCAGGAUUUGAUUGGUCUUUAUCUCAGACAGAGCUGGUGACAGCCAUAGCCUUACUUCUUUCAGCGGGACUGCUGCUGACCUAUUUCAUAAACUUUCAUGGCCAGAAGGUGUUUACAUUACCUCUUAGCCUCUUGUCUGCCUUACCAGUCGUCAACCACCUCGUCCCUCAAAGUCAACCAGCUAGGAGCGGGAAUGCUGACAACAUGUGUGGAAAGAGGCUCAAAAGAAGUAAACAAGUGGAUACAGGUGGCUCCUCCUCGGGGAUUGGGACAGAUUGGGAUCCGGAUGUGGUGAUAGUUGGGGCCGGUGUCCUGGGCUCAGCAAUGGCUGCUGUGCUGGCGCGGGAUGGAAGGAGGGUGACCGUGGUGGAGAGGGACUUGAAGGAGCCUGACAGGAUAGUUGGGGAGUUACUGCAACCUGGGGGCUAUAGAGCGCUCAAAGAGCUGGGCCUGGAAGGCACGGUAGAGAAUCUUGAUGCCCAUCUGGUCAACGGCUAUGUGAUCCAUAACGUGGAGACCAACACAGAGGUGGAGAUCCCCUACCCUCAGCAGGAGGAGAAAAUCCAGUGUGGACGUGCUUUCCAUCAUGGAAGAUUCAUUAUGGGCUUGCGGAGGGCAGCCCUGGCUGAGCCCAAUGUCACAUUCAUAGAAGGCACGGUGACCGGUUUGGAGGAAGAGGAUGGCUGUGUUACAGGAGUUCAGUACAAGGAUAAAGACACAGGCCACAUCAAGGAAGUGCAUGCAGCUCUGACAGUGGUGGCUGAUGGCUGCUUCUCCAGGUUCAGGAAGAGUUUGGUGUCUGGGAAAGCGCACAUUUCCUCUCACUUUGUUGGAUGCCUCAUGAAGGACUGCCCCCAGUUCAAAGCAAACAACGCAGAGCUGGUGCUGGCCAACCCCAGCCCCGUGUUGGUCUAUCAGAUCUCCUCCACACACACCAGGGUGCUUGUGGACAUCAGGGGGGAGAUGCCGCGGAACCUCCCGCAGUACUUGGCAGAAAAAAUAUACCCUCAGCUUCCAGAGCAUUUAAAGGAGCCUUUCAUGGAGGCCCUACAGAACGAUCGUGUCAGGUCCAUGCCUGCCAGCUUCCUCCCUCCUUCUCCUGUCAACAAGUCAGGCGUUCUGCUCCUGGGUGAUGCUUACAACAUGAGGCAUCCUCUGACUGGAGGAGGGAUGAGUGUCGCUCUGAAUGACGCCAUCAUCUGGAGGAGCCUGCUGCGGAACAUUCCAGACCUGUAUGACGACGGAGCUCUGCUGCAGGCCAAGAAGAAAUUCCACUGGGAGCGAAAGUCAUCACAUUCCUUUGUGGUGAACGUGUUGGCCCAGGCCCUGUAUGAACUCUUUGCAGCCACAGAUGACUCUCUGCAUGAACUGAGAAAAGCCUGCUUUCAGUACUUCAAACUUGGAGGGGAGUGCAUCAGCGGGCCCAUUGGACUUCUUUCAGUUUUAUCUCCCAAACCAAUGACCCUCAUUGGACACUUCUUUGCUGUGGCCCUGUUCGCUAUCUACUUCAACUUCAAGUCCGAAUCCUGGCGCACCAAACACCGAGCUGUUUUUAGAAGUGGAGCUAUCCUCUACCGAGCGUGCACAGUCAUGUUUCCCCUCAUCUACUCUGAGCUCGAGUACCUGCUGUAUUGAAGAGCCCUCCCGACGACAAACAGCGACAAGACUUGGGCUCAAAAAUCAUCCAGCCUUCAGCAUUAGCAAAUCUUUCGAGCAUGAGGAUUUUCUACAUGCUGAGUGUGCCAUAGUGACGACAUGUUAUUCUGGGCAAAUGUUUGUGCCUUGUGAGUUCUCACCCAUGCUUCACUGGACAUCUACUGUUGAGGUGGACAACACAAAACAUUCAGGAACGUCUCAUUACCAUGCUUCAACUUUUUAAAAUUACAGUACAACCACUGUAUUUUUUUAAUUGUGCUAGUUUGAAUAACCAUGAAUACUACAACGCCUAUGAUUACUCUGAAGUGUACCUCUAUCUGCUUUUAGGUACUUCUGUACAAAUAUUGGAAACACUAAAGAAUGAUCCUGAUCCAUACUUGAAAGCAAACAUUAACUAUAGAACAUGAUAACCUCCAGGUCAAACACCACGUUUUUAUUUUUACCCCAAAAUAUGUGACCCUGUACAUAAAAAAAAAAAAACAUUUUGGGCAACCAUAGUAUAAAUAUCUUAAAAAAUGUAAAUGCACAAUAAAGUGGGGGCAUAUUAAGUGUGUACACCUUAUAACUAAUAGUUUAGUCUUUUUAGGUUGGCGCAUGCCACGUUUUGCAUCACAUGACUACGAAGACAAGCACGCAUCAACAAAGGACGAUAAUCUAAGUUUUGGAAUGUUUAGCAAAUCAAACUGAAAAUGUGUAGGGUGACCUGACAGAUGUACACGAGAUAGAUGUCCUGGCAGUGACACAUUUAGAAAGGGUGAGUUGGCAAAUGUCAAGUCAAGAUUUGCCGUGCUGCUCGACUUCCACCUAAGUAAAAUACAGUCUUUCACUACAGUACAUUACUGUGUAUGUUGUCUCUAUAAUGGGCCAACGCUACCACUAGAGGGCCCUUAUUCCCAACUGAGUAUGGUAAACAAUGUACUGUAUGUUUUGGCAUACAGAAAAAUCAGAUGCGGGUGGGGGUCCCCUAGGAUAUUUUUUAUAUAUUUUUUUAUUUACAAAAAGACAAAAAACCUAUUCACAUAUAUUUAAAGCCAAAGUUUUAUAUUAUUAGUAUGAACAUUUCAGCUUUUUUUUUUCAUUGCGCCUUUUUGCUUUAUUUUGUCCAUUUUUGCUGGGUUUUGCUGUUUGAUUUAUUUUCGGGACAAUAAUAAAUGAG